AUGCGUGGGGUCCCAGCAACCGAACGUCAACACCACAUCGACGUCGAAGGUAAGAGAUCGUUCACCUCUCAGAACAUCAAGGACGAGGAUGGCAAGGUCCUUCGGAACCCCACGUUUAUUCGCCAACGGUGGGCACGGUGGUCCCACAAGCUUCUCAACACCAAGUCGCCGACCAUCGACCUGCAUGCGGCUGACAAGGCCAAGCGAUGGCCCACGUGCGUGCCACUCGACGACAUACCAUCUCUACUUGAGAUUGAGGAAGCGGUACGGGAAAUGGCCAACAGAAAGGCCGUCGGGCCGGACGACCUACCGGCUGAGCUGAUCAAGCUUUUCCUGGACGGAGAUCAAGGUCUCCUCCGCGAAUUCCACGCCAUUGUCGUGGACGUGUGGCAGACGGGGGACGUACCACAGCAGGAGGCGGAAGCGUCCGCGAAGCGCCAGCGCGCGAGGCAAGCAGAAGCAGAGAGUACGGCCAUCUCAGGGCCGACGAGAAAGAGAGCCGGGGAAGCGGCGGUCGGGGGGAAGAAACGGCGACCGGGCACUGCUGUCGAAGCGAGUAGGGCGGCCGAGGCAGCACUUGUGGCGAACUAUGUACCCGGCUGAUGUUGUUGCGCCCUGUUUCCCUCCCUGCUGAAUGCUAUACUCCUUUAUGUAUGUCCUUUGUAUUGCCUUCGGCCUCUGUGCUGUGUUUUUUUUUUUCAUGACCUCCCUGCCUACUCUGCUGUGUUGGGUACCUUGAUCUCGCUUUGCUGUUGCCUUUGUUUUUGUACGUCUGACUGUCUGCCCAUCUGCCGCCUCUUUGUCCUGUCUGCUCCGUUACUCCCAUGCCUUGGUGCGUAGUGCCUGGUGCCGGUACGUUACCUUUUGAUUUUUUCUUUGGGCGGGUGUGGGAAGCGUCCUCCUUUAUUUUUGUUUUUGUUUUAUUUUUAUCGGUUUCCAAAGGCUCUUUUCUCGAACGGUCGGUGCGAUACCUUUUCUUUUCUUUCUAUCAUUUUGUUUUCUUU